CUAGCUGUACUGACUUCAUUCCAGACCCCAAGAGGAAAAUGACGAAGUGGAGAUGGAGGAACCUUCUCGGAGCGAGGCCGCGGCAAGCUCAACUCCUCAUAAUGCUACCGGUAACGACGCCUCAGGGUCUCGUUCCGUCUAUCAAAGCGAAGCUCGGCAGCAACCACUCGCGGCGAACCCUUUGCGAAACCUUGGUGACGCCUUGCGUGAGAUCUCUCAGCGUUUUAAUGAAAUCUUGGAGGGUAGCCCAGAGUCCGCGGAUCAGAAACAGGGCAUAGACGAUACCAGGCCCGCUCAGGUCGAACAUGUGCAGGAUGAUGAUACUCAAGAGGAUAUGCAAGCCCUCGGUCCAGCACGUCAGGACGAGGUAGCGAAGCUGCGCGAACUCGACCUCGUAGACGAUGAGCAGGCGCCUGUGGACCCCGUCGCGAUGGAUGUCGACACAGAAUUGCUAGACAAGCCGCAGCCAAUUCAGCCCGAGCAUGGCACCUUGUCUGCGCUGGAGGCCGAGGCGACCUCCGAGGCCAUGAACUCGGCUGUUGAGAGCAUCAUGACAUCGUCUGAUCUCAAUAAGUCUAGACUUGCGGGUGAUGUAGGGAUGCCAUCAACACCUGUCGCAGACCGUGUCCUGAAAGAAGACGAGGACGAAGCCGAUAGCAAGCUCGAGCUCGAGGUGCGAGAGUGGCAAGCGCGUGGCCAGCCGAUCGACGAUGCGGAACGCAUUUGGCGGCGUUACGAAUCUCUAACACACGAUCUCUCAUAUGCUCUUUGCGAGCAGCUCCGCCUGAUCCUUGAGCCCACGCGAGCAACAAGACUCAAGGGUGACUACCGCACUGGCAAGCGUCUGAACAUGAAGAAGAUUAUUCCGUACAUCGCCUCCGAGUACACAAAAGACAAGAUCUGGCUGCGUCGCACUCGACCGAGCCAGCGCGAGUACCAGGUGCUCAUCGCACUCGAUGACUCACGCUCCAUGGCGGAGUCGCACUCUGUCCAUCUCGCGUUUCAGACGCUCGCGCUUGUCUCCAAGGCACUUAGCCGACUCGAGGUCGGUGACGUUGGCAUCGCCAAGUUCGGCCAGACCGUCGAGGUCCUACAUGGGUUCGGGAGUGGACCGUUCACUGACCAAGCCGGCGCGAAAAUCAUCGACGCAUUCCGCUUCGACCAGAAGGCGACACAGGUGUUGUCUCUACUGGAAACCAGCCUUGCGAUGCUCGAACAAGCGCGGGAGCGCCGGUCUGCGUCGUCCUCUACGGCUGCUGACCUCUGGCAAAUGGAGAUCAUCAUAUCCGACGGUGUCUGCCAGGACCACGAGCGGCUUCGCACGGUUCUCCGUCGCGCCGAAGAGCAACGUGUCAUGGUCGUCUUCAUUAUCCUGGAUUCCCUUCAUUCGAACGUCGCCGCGACUACCACCAACAGCGCAAAUCAAAACUCGAUUGUCUCAAUGAAUCAGGUUGCAUACAAGGAUGUUAACGGGCGAAUGGAGCUAUCCGUGACGCGCUAUUUGGACACCUUCCCUUUCGAAUACUAUGUGGUGGUCAGAGAUGUUGGGGCGUUACCGGAGGUGUUGUCGAGUACGCUAAAGCAGUUCUUCGAGAGGAUCUCAGAGGAGUAGAAUUGAUUUGUAUUUUUCCAUGUUUAUGUUUAUGACAGCACGAGCAAAUCAUCCGCAUUUUACAAAGAUAUCCGACAGCGGAACGAGCCUCGUUCAGCAUCGGCUAUUGGUGGUUGACACCAAGGGCUGAACGGGCCAAAGAGCUUCGUCUUGAUUCUCCGAGAGAAGUAAAAGGGCGGAAGCGUGGGUAAAGUACGCGCUGUCCGCUCUUCGUGUGAAGACUGCGCAACGGAUCGGCGUCGCGCAGAUUGGCAACACCGUGCGUGUAGAGGGGAUGACGAACACUGUCCGAUCUCCUCCACACGACGAUGUGCAACUUCAAUCUCGGGAGGAUAAAAAUCUCUGUCACGCAAGUAGAGUGCAGAUGAUACAGGCACAAGUCAAUUUGAGAGCAGAAAGCGAGACGGUGAAGGCGAAGUCGCCAGUAGAUAUUAGCCGCGUACGUAUUAUGGUGCAAGGGAAAAUCUUUCUGCCCACAGCACCUUGCCGAGUCAUUUGCCGCCCUCUAAACGGUCCACGAGCACAACAGGGACGAGCUCAUUGGGGAGCAUGGCUGCGGUCUACACAAAACAUGA